CAUGAUGAAGGCCUAGACAAGGUCCCGGAGACUUUCGGAUGCAGCCUUUGACACAGGACACAGGCAUGAGCCCGGCCUCCGUGACUCUGGCCAGUGCCCUGCAGGUCAGGGGCGAAGCUCUGUCUGAGGAGGAAGUCUGGUCCCUCUUGUCCCUGGCUGCUGAGAGGCUCCUGGAAGACCUUCGUGAUGAUUCCUCGGACUAUGUGGUCUGCCCCUGGUCAGCCCUGCUUUCUGCGGCUGGAAGUCUUUCCUUCCGAGACCAUAAUUCUCACAUGGAGGCUGCUGCUUUCAAGGCCCCUGAACUGCUACAGGGACAGAGUGACCAUGAGCAGCCGGACGCAUCUCAGAUGCAUGUCUACUCUUUAGGAAUGACCCUCUACUGGUCGGCGGGGUUUCGUGUUCCACCAAACCAGCCCCUGCAGCUCCGGGAGCCGCUGCACUCCCUCCUGCUGGCCAUGUGUGAAGACCAGCCCUGCAGGCGGCUGCCACUGCAGGCCGUUCUGGACGCGUGUCGGCUUCAUCAGGAAGAAGUGGCCGUCUACCCAGCCUCUGCCAGUCUCCACGUCAGACGGCUGGUCGGCUUGGUUCUGGGCGCCGUCUCUGAGGUCAGUAGGAAGGUGGUGGAAGAGAGCUCCUCUACACAGCAGGACAGAAGCUACCUGCUCAGGACCAGGCUGCACCAGGCGAGCUUUGAGAGCCCGGCGGCUCGGGCCCCGGAGGACCUGCAUCCCAGCAGAGUUUCAGAGAGAAGCACAGAGACCCAGAGUUCCCUGGAGCCUGGUCUGAGUGCCUCAGCACACAGUCGCUGCAACAUCUCCAACAGCACUCUUCCUGUUGAAGCUUCCCAGAACCUACAGGAGGGCGGGCGGCUCAGCUCCGGAUCGGCUCUCUCUGUGGCAGCAGAAAACUCACGGCCGGCAACUCCUUCCCAAAGGAGUUUCCUGCAGAAAAAGGGAAAGUUCUCCAGGCCGGAGUUUGUCCUGCUGGCUCGAGAGGCCCCGGUGACGUUGCACCUGCCUGGAUCCGUUGUGACCAAAAAAGGGAAAUCCUAUUUGGCUCUCAGGGACCUUUCUGUGGUACUGCUGAGCGGGCAGUGUCUGGAGGUGAAAUGUGACAUCACGUCGACAGCGGGGUCUGUCUUCAAUGCUGUCAUGUCCUUUGCCAACCUUGGGGAGCUCACCUACUUUGGCUUGGCUUACGUGAGAGGCAACGAGUUCUUUUUCCUGGACACCGAAACCAGGUUGUGCAAGAUAGCCCCCGAAGGCUGGAGUGAGCAGCCCCGGAAGAAGACCUCCUCGAAUACUCUCACACUCUUUCUGAGGAUCAAGUUCUUUGUCGGUCACCGUGGGCUGCUCCAGCAGAGCCGGACAAGACAUCAAUUUUACCUGCAGCUUCGAAAAGACAUCCUGGAGGAGAAGCUGUACUGCAAUGAUGAGACGCUGCUGCAGCUGGGUGUCCUCGCCUUGCAGGCCGAGUUUGGCAAUUACCCUGAGGAGCAGGUAGAGAGUAAAGCCUACUUUCGAGUUGAAGAUUACAUCCCAGCAAGUCUGAUUGAGAGAAUGACUGCAUUCCGGGUCCAAGCCGAAGUCUCAGAGAUGCACCGUCUGAGUCCUGUGCUCUGGGGAGAGGAUGCUGAGCUGGAGUUCUUGAGGGUCACCCAGCAGCUCCCGGAGUAUGGUGUGCUGCUUCAUCGAGUUCUCCCAGAGAAGACAAGUCCAGAAGGCGAGAUGGCCUUGGGGAUCUGUGCCAAGGGUGUCAUAGUAUACGAAGUGAAAAACCACAUCAGAAUUACAACUUUACGGUUUCAGUGGAGAGAAAUCUGGAAGAUUUCAACUUGCCGAAAGAAGUUCACCAUCACAAGCAGCAUCACGGGGAAAAAGCACACGUUUGUCACCGAUUCGGCCAAGACCUGUAAAUAUUUACUGGGCCUCUGCUCCGCCCAGCAUGGGUUCAAUGCUCAGAUGAGCUCGCCCCGAGUCCCAGCUGGCUCAGACCACCAAAAGAAGCCCGAUUCUCCAAGAAUGAGUUCCAAGACGUCCUCCUCUCUGGCUCUCCUGAUUGACUGCCCCGUCCUCCCUUCCCAGGUGGAGCUGACCAGUCCCACUUUUGUAAUGUCCCCUCUGGGUAUUAACAUCCACCUGAUUAAGCCUCCUUUGGGCCCCGAUGAUCAGAAGGCUGAGCGUGCCCCAGGUGAAUCUCUCGUGCUGCCGUCUUUGUUGCGGCAUCCUCGGCACCUCGAUUUUCGGGUGUGGGCUGUGGAGUCCGCUGACUUGAACCAUGAUAAGUGUGUGCAAAUGGCCAAUCUGAGUCUUGCACACCUGGCCCAGCCCAAGCCUCUCACUUGGAUUCAGAGAUUGUUGCGCUCAGAGAACACUCUGUUCACGCCCAGGCUAGAGGACGCCACAGGAGGCCUGCUGCGCACAUCACUGGAUGACUUCGCCAUGGAAUCCAGCAAGGAGACAGGGCCACAAGGCGUCGGAGGCAGCCCCUGCGUUGGCCGGGAGCAGCUGGAGAGCAUCUGUUUGAACCAGAAGCCAACAACUUGUGACCCUCUCUCCGGGUCGCCUGUUCAGAGCAUGUGCACAGGGUCACAACAUAACAGGAGAAAGAGCUUCCCAGCAGACCCGAAUGGAGAAAUCAUGCACGUGACCCUGACUCGGGAUCCACGGCGUGGCUUUGGUUUUGUCAUUAAUGAGGGAGAAGAUACAGACAAAGUUGACCCUGGCAUCUUUAUAUCAUCUAUUAUACCUGGGGGACCAGCUGAAAAAGCUAAAAAGAUCAAACCAGGAGGGCAGAUACUAGCCUUGAAUCACAUCAGUCUGGAGGGCUUCACAUUCGACAUGGUUGUUAGAAUGAUUCAGAAUUCUCCUGACAACAUAGAAUUAAUCAUUUCUCAGUCAAAAGGUGUUUGUGGAAAUACCCCAAGCAAGGAGAAGAACACAGAGAAUUCUGGGCGUUUCUCUACAGACAGCCUGAGCAACGGGCACCAGGGAGGUUUUCCAUCACACACACAAGACCAGGAGAGAAAUACUGAAGAACUAGAAAUGGCUUGGACUCAGAGCUUGAUGCCCAGGCUAAGGCCUCAGCUCUCCCCUCUGCCAUUAAAGGGUGCUGGUUCUUCUCAUCCUCCAUCACCUUCAGAAACCGAUGCCAGUGAAAUCUACUUCGUGGAACUGGUUAAAGAAGAUGGGACACUUGGAUUCAGUGUGACUGGUGGUGUCAACACAAGCGUGCUUUAUGGAGGUAUCUAUGUGAAAUCCAUCGUUCCUGGAGGGCCAGCUGCCAAGGAAGGGCAGAUCCUGCAGGGUGACCGGCUCUUGCAGGUGGAUGGAGUGAGUCUGUGCGGCCUCACCCACAGGCAGGCCGUGCAGUGCCUCAAGAGUUCUGGGCAGGUUGUAAGACUCUUCUUAGAGAGAAGAGGCCCCAGGACCGCACAGCAGUGUCCUUCUGCUAAUGACAGGAUGGGAGAUGAAUGCACGGCUGUUUCCUUGGCAACAGCCUCGCCUGGCAGGCCCGCAAGCUGUGUCUCCGUGACAGAUGGUGCUAAGUUUGAAGUCAAACUGAAAAAGAACGCCAGUGGUUUGGGGUUCAGCUUCGUGCAGAUGGAGAGAGAGAGCUGCAGCCAUCUCAAGAACGACCUUGUGAGGAUUAAGAGGCUCUUCCCGGGGCAGCCAGCUGAGGAGAAUGGGGCCAUUGCGGCUGGUGACAUCAUCCUGGCCGUGAACGGAAGGCCCACGGAAGGCCUCGUUUUCCAGGAGGUGCUCCAUUUACUGCGAGGAGCCUCGCAGGAAGUCACGCUCCUGCUGUGCCGACCCCCUCCAGGUGCGCUGCCUGAGAUGGACCAGGGGUGGCAGAUACCCAUGCUCUCAGCAGACAAAGAACUUACCAGGACAACGUGCACGGACACAGAGCAGAGCCCCAGCCUGGAUCAGGAGGAUAGUCGGAGGGACAGUGCCUCCCUGGACACAGGGGAAGGCCUGGGUCUCAAGCCAGAGUCUUUCCAAAAGGCCACCAGAGAGGCACAAUGGGACCAAGAUGUAGAGAGACCCUGGGCCAUUUCCUUGAUGUGUCCUCAGGAUUCCCAUCCUCAUCUAUGCAGACUUCACCAAGAAAUGGAUGCAUCAACGUUGGCCACCUCUUUGGAAAAGGAUGUGAGGCAAAACUGCUAUUCGGUUUGUGAUAUCAGGAGACUUGACAGCUUUUCCUAUUCAUCCUCUCUAACCAGACUCUCGACAGAUAUUUUCUAAGCACCUUCUCUGCGUGUUUGAAGCUCUGUGCAAAAUGCUCCGCCAUCUGCAUGGACUGCUCUUUCUAAUCAAAAAGCAUGUGCGGUGACCUUCUGGCAGCCCCUGGAAGGUUUGUUCUUUCACCGUGGCAUCUGCGUCUUCAUCGCCAGACAAUGAGCCUCACCGUUCAUCUGCUUCCUGUGUCACACAGGGAGUAAAUGUCACUCUAGCUGGCUGCCUCUC